UGGAGUGGCGGAAAAAGAGAUCGAAGGAAAGGAGUUAGAGAGACUUGGCACGGAGAGCAAGGAGCAAUCAGACUUCAGAUACUGGUACAGGUAGUGAGACAGUCAGGGGUGAAUAGUUAUUCCGAACCACAGCCACUCCCUCCUUGACAGCGUGAAGUAAGUGUUCUCGGUCCGAGUGAACAGUGACGGUGACAGCGGCUAUCAUUUGUGCUGAGAGUCUGACACUGCAACACACGCGCCAGGAGACGAAGAACAAGGUCAUGUGUACAGGGCCUGUCCACGGCAACAACUGAGGUUGACUGGUUCAACACUGGAGAUCAUGCAGAGAUUAGGCUGAUUCUACCCAACAUAGCACUGAGAAGAUGCGACAUCUCCCAGUGAAGUCCUGACGGCAAGCCUUCAGCCUCUCACUGGACCUUCUCCAAACAGUGGAUUACGAAGCCUUUUCAGAAAACAACAGACUGGGAGAUGAAUCAACUGGAACUCAGUGAUCCCACUCCAGCGACAGCAUAAUUACAUGACAGUUACAAGAAUUAUAGAAAUGGAACAGAUGGCAGUGAGCACUUCUGAAUAUCAGCUUGAAGAUGAUGAAUUUGACAGAAAUUGUCCAAGAAUAUGUGGAGUUUGUGGGGACAAAGCAACUGGUUUCCAUUUCAAUGCUAUGACAUGUGAAGGCUGUAAAGGUUUCUUCAGGAGAAGCAUGAAGAAAAAGGCACAUUUUACUUGUCCCUUUAAUGGCAGUUGUUCAAUUACAAAGGAUAAUCGAAGGCACUGCCAAGCAUGUAGACUCAAGCGGUGCCAAGAUAUUGGCAUGAUGAAAGAAUUCAUUUUAACAGAUGAAGAAGUUCAGAGGAAAAAGGAGAUGAUUUUAAAACGGAAAGAAGAAGAAGCCAUAAAGGAGGCUAUGAAACCAAAGUUGUCAGAUGAACAAGAAAAACUGAUUGCCUCGUUGAUUGAUGCGCACCAUAAAACAUAUGAUACAUCGUAUUCGGACUUUCAUGAAUUCAGACCACCGAUACGGACUUCAUUUGUAAUGGAAGCUUCUGGAGAGUCCUUUUCUACUGAGCCACCACAGGAUCUCUGCUCUGACAAUUCAUUAUCUUCCUUUAACUCAUCAUCUUCAGGUGGUUGCAGCCUAUCCAGAGAUAUGUCUCAGAUAGCAGGGUCAUCUUUCUCCGGUUUUGGGAUGGAUGAUGAUGAUGGUAGAAAUUCCAAGGAGUUUGAAGAGCUCUCCAUGCUGCCUCAUCUGGCUGACCUUGUUAGUUACAGCAUACAGAAAGUCAUCGGCUUUGCAAAGGCCAUCCCUGGAUUCAGGGAAUUGUCUACGGAUGACCAAAUUUCCCUUCUGAAGUCAAGUGCAAUUGAAAUUAUUAUGCUGCGAUCAAACCAAUCCUUCUCAUUGGACGAUAUGUCCUGGAACUGUGGAGAUUAUUUCAAAUAUAAUGUAAAUGACGUCACCAAAGCUGGUCAUUCAAAGGAGUUGCUGGAGCCACUGGUAAAAUUUCAGGUUGGCCUAAAGAAUCUAAAUUUGCACGAAGAAGAACAUGUUCUACUCAUGGCCAUCUGCAUCCUUUCACCAGAUCGUCCUGGAUUACAGGACCGUGCUCAAGUGGAACGUAUUCAAGAUGGGCUGUCUGAGACUUUGCAGAUGUACAUUCGGGUCAAGCAUCCAUCCCCUAGUAGUCGGUUGUUGUAUCCAAAGAUGAUCCAGAAGCUGACAGACCUCCGGAGCCUGAGUGAGGAGCACGCCAAACAGUACCGGUUUCUGUCUUUUAAUCCUGCACAUACCAUGAAACUCACACCACUUUUGCUUGAGGUCUUUAGUAAUGAAGAGAAGUGAAUCACUUUCUUUCAUUUCUAACUUAUUUGGUUUGCACAGGGUAGCAGGCUUGGUGGUGCAUCCACAGCAUUUCCUUUGAAAACUAAGAAUCCAGUCAUUAAAUAUGGUACUGAUUAAGCAAUUCUAAAUUAUUAAACCACUCAUUUAAAGAGAGAAGAGGUGGGGUGGUAUUUGCAAAGUUCUGAAACAAUUGCCACCUGCACAGAUGCUGUACAAUGUAAACUCAAUAAUAAUGGUAGAUUUCCCCCUCAUUGAUACAUACUUUUUACAUGUGACUAUACAAGAGCAAUGACAGGAAAUAUGGUAAAUAUUGAUGUAUUAUUGUAUAUAAGCUACAUGCAUCUGUUAUGUUAACUAGCCACAAUAUGAAUACUGUGACCCAUCAUUGCUUGCAGCACGUAACAAGUAUGUGCAGUUAUUACAAGGGAAAGGUUUACCAUUAAAUGAAAAAAAAAACCUGCAGAUGCUGGAAAUCUGAAAUAAAACUAGAACCUGCUGCAAGUGCUCAGCAGGUCAGGGAGCAUUAUGCUUCAGAACAAAAAAAAACAUUUUUUUUUGCUAGCCUUGGCUAUGUUGCCCAUAAACUUUGAAAAGGAAAGACUUUUUACAGUUACACUCUAAAUAUGUAACAUAUUAGAAAUCCCAAAACUUAAGUUGGAUUCAGAGGGAGCAGUUUUCCUUCUCAAAGACAAGAGAGCCAACAUUGUCCAUCCCUUAUUCAGUACAAACUACUACAAAUAUCAAGUGCAGCUUUGGAAGCUUGUACUGUUUCUAAAUGCCAGCAAAAAAAAUACCUACUUCUUAGUCUCUGAGUGUUAGGAUGUGUUGGUCACUGGUGAUGACUGAAAGGAAACUGAUGUCGUAAUUGUUAUAAUCUGCACUUCUGAAGUCCAACUUUAAAAAUAUUUAUAUAAUAUAUAAUUUUAAAAAAAUAUUUCCAAUACUUAAUUGGGAAGUUGCGGCUGAAAUCUUGGGGGGCUCUUAAUGUCCUCUCAGGUCACCAGUAUUUCUACGUACCCUUGAGAAGAAGGGCUGAGUUUUCAUCAACUUUUUCACAAAACUAGAUGUACACUUUCAACAAAUCUGGGUCAUAUAUCACAUGAUGUCAAACAUUCUCUUAUUUUUAUGACUUCUAUUUGAAAAUUUCAGUUUAGAGUUUCCUGCUUUUCAAGAAUGUAUCCUGUGAACGUUGGUUUUUAAACUCAGAAAUUUUUGUGCUUAGUUCCUGCUUUGUACUGAAUUAGUUAAUCCACUUAUGUAGGGGCAUUUGGUCUUAACACCUUUAGUUGAAAGAGAGGUGAGCAAUAAUGUCUGCUCCUGAUAAGUGUAGGUCCAGCUGGAAUAGCAUGUUGCUGGAUGAAGACUUGAGUCUUAUAAUAUUUUCAUAGUAGAAUUUCCAGAUGUGUUGGCGCGUGGCCUAGUGGGCAAGGCAUCAGACUAGUAACCUGAAGGUCACUGGUUCGAGCCUCAGCUGAGGCAGCGUGUUUGUGUCCUUGAGCAAGGCACUUAACAACACAUUGCUCUGCAACAUCCCCGGUGCCAAGCUGCAUGGGUCCUAGUGCCCUUCCCUUGGACAACAUCGGUGGCGUGGAGAGGGGAAGGCCUGCCGCUUGGGCAACUGCCGGUCUCCCAUACAACCCUGCCCAGGCCUGCGCUCUGGAAACUCCAGGCGCAGAUCCAUGGUCUCUCGAGACCGACGGAUGCCACCACCAGAAUUUCCAGUUGCCACUGACCAUUUAGACUAAAUCAAAAACAAUCUCUUGAGUUAUGCAGUGCAAGGCAAAAGGUGACUGUAGAACUGUACCCCUGUGGGUGUUCACGCCUUCAGAUAAGGGGUAAAAAUUAUUAGGAAGAAUACACAUUGCUCCACUUUCCAAUGAUUGGGGAAGCCAUUAAUAUUUAUUCUCUCUUACUGUGGAUUUUAGAAUGAACUGGAAAUGCUGCUGUGACAUCAGGCUGACCUGUCAAACAGAUUGUAACCUUAUUGUCUGUAUAUUGCAGAAUAUGCACUCACUCUAUAUGUACAUAAAACAGAUGUAGUACUUAGAUUUGCUUGUGAAUAUCCCACCCUGUCAAUCAGCUAGAGUCCCUGUGCAGCAGCAGGUAUUCUAUGCACUUAUUCUCUAGAAGCAAGUAACAUUGUUUCAUACUCAGGAAACCGCAUUCCCUUCAGGUUUUAAAGAAAUAGAAAUGUUUAGAGAUAUCUGUUUUGACCUUUGUGGUAUAUUCACUUAUAUCAAGUACUGUGCUGAACUUAGACUCGGGGAGUUGAAAAUAUACAAAUAGGUACCCUAGUGAUUUGAAUCUUAGUAACUUGCAAAAGACAAUCCUUCCUAGCCAGUGUCUAACUGGCUGAUGCUUACAUGGGUGUCCUGCACUUGCUCUAAACUUUACUUUUGAAAUCAGUUACAAAUGAUAGAUGCAAUGAUUCUUACUGCCUUAAAUAUUGAAAAGGGUAUUUGAAAUUAAAAUUGAAUAGAAUGUAUGAAUGACAUCAAAAAAUUGCAUUUACUUGAGUAAAUAAACAAACAGCACUUAUCAACAAAUAGGCAAUUUUUUAAGCAUUAUUGGGAUAAAAAUAAUUCCAGUGUGUGUGAUGACAACCCUGGGGAGAUAAUGAUUCAUAACUGGGUGAAAGCAGUUACUGGUAUAUACAUCAUAAUGGAUCUCUAUAUCAUUCAUGUAAAAGUAUACCACGGGCAAGAAGCAGCUUCUGGACCUAUGCAAGUUGACAGUUAGGAAAAAUGACUGCUUUAUUUCUAAUGGAGCAUGUUUUAGGAUUAUCUCUAGAGGCUGUAUUAUAAUGGAAAUUGACUAGAAAUUCAAUCACGUAAUGAAAAGUGUUUUCCUCUGGAAUGAAAUGCAGUAGUGACCAUUUCUAGAUCAUUUGCAGGAAUUCAAUCGAGCAUAUCCAGUUCUGAAUCAUCCUUGCAUCUCUGACGUGAUUUUUUCCAUUAUAGUCAUGCACAAGAUCCACAUGCAGCCCUCACCCGGCUUUAACCGUUCUAGCCAUAAUUCCCCCAACUCCCAAAUUGCACUAAUUCCUUCCCCCACCCCAUCCCUAUCUAUACCAAGACUGCAAUCCACACAAUCACCUACCCUCCCUCCAAACCUCCCCAAUUGUCCUGACCACCCACUUGAUCUUUUUCCUCUCUGACCACCGCUCCAGCCCUCAACCACUAGUCACCACUGUUGGUGCCCCACUGCUGGAUUCACAUGAAUUUCUAGGCUAUUGGUAACCUAAUUUCAGCACAAGAUGAUGAAGAGACCUGUGUGAACCAUCCCAAAAUAUCUGAGAAUACAUGGUUAUUUUUUCAUCCAGCAUGUUUUAUACUUGGAAACUGACAUUCUGGGUUGGGAAAAAUAAAUUUACCAAAUAGAAAUCAGGAAAAUAAAUUUAUAUUUUGUAAAAUGUAUAGUUUUAUCUUAUACAAAAAGAAAAGUAUAUUUUAUAGAGGGUUGUUAUUAUUGAGUAAAAUAAGAGAGUUUUACUUUAAGAGCAGAACUUUUUAUCCCCUCCUCCGAAAGUUACAGAGCCUCUGUUUGUGAGCUCAGUUCUGUAGGUGUAAAAAAGUGUAAUGUUAUUUCUGAUUUAGAAGAUAUUUGUUCAGCAUAUAUGUAAAUAGCAUCCUGCUGCGUUAUUCAGGGCUUGCUUGACUACAAAGUUAAUAGUUUAUGCUGAUGAUGGGCAAAUCUGCAAUUAAAUUUUAAUGAAGUGGUGCUUUUUCUUUAAUGUCCUGGUCACAUGUAGAUACAUCUGUUCCUAAUGAACUAACAAUAAUCCUUCCACAUCCCUCUCCCAAAUAUUACACAACUGUAUCUUUAUUUUUAAAAACGUAAGAGAAUUUAUAUUCUAUUAAGUCAGGAACUGCACAAGUUCUUUUCAUAACUUGGCAGAGUAGGAAUUUUUUUAAAUGAUCAUUUGCAUAUUGCUUCAUAGAUCUUCUUCUGCUAAAGUUAUUUUUAUAAUGUUAAUCCUUUGAGGGAUGUCUGUAUUGCUUCAUUCCACAUCUUCUUACCACCGCAACAAUACAGCCCAGCUCAGUGAGAUUUAGGGAAAUCAUAUUCUGUGCAUUCAUUUGUGGUUUGUCCAUUGUCAUUGUCAAUGAAGACCUCGACACCAUUAAUGAUGGUGUCAAGACUAGCGCUUGAUUUGGAUUUAAGUGAGGGAGAGUUGCACAGAAUAUUAUUUUAUCUAUGUGAAUACUGUACUCACAAAGUCUUCAAGUUCUGCAUUUUGCACUUAAUAAUGUAGGCAUAUUUUUGGCAUAUUUAAUUCCUCUUGUGUAAAGACCAAGGAAACCAGUAACUAAGAAUAGGAUUGAUUGAAUGUAUGGUCUCUGUUUGCCAUUAUACAAAGAGGAGCCCAAGUGCCAGCUUAAGAAACAAUUUGGUUGUUUCAUGCUGUUACCUAUCAUCUGUCAGAUUCACAUUCUGAUGUAAUGCUGAAUAUAUAGCAAACCUCAUAAAUUCACUAAACCAUCACAAAUAUUUUGUGAAUUCAGUUUAAUUGCAGUCCAAGGUAAUGUCUUUGACAAUGCCUUGCUCCCAGCUGGUACUUUGGCUAUUUCUCUGGAACUUUACAAAUCCUGCCCAGUUUACAAACACCCAACACAGAUACAGCCUGUACAUACGAAAGAACAGUUGGGAGACUGAUGGAAUGGAUUUACCAGCUGCUGCGAGUCUGUUGACAUCUUCUGCAUGUGGGUACUGGCUUUGCAGCUGCAUUUCGGGUCAUGAACAGCUCACAGGAAUGGAAUGGAGAUUACCUGUAUACUGGUUUAGUAUAUGAAGAAUGUAGUAACAGGAAAAGAUAGAUUUGUGUUAUCCUUUGAAUGUUCUGGUCCAACCCGUUUAAACCACAUGUUCAGUGUCUCCCUUCAUAUCAUAAAAAAAUAGUGCCAGAACACAGGUUCAGGAGUAUUAUGCAAGAGUAUAUUACACAGCCUACUCAUAAUAUAAGAUAUAUUAAGGAUAAUGACUUCUGCAGAACGUGUUAAACUAGAAUAUACUCAAACUACACUAGAUAGAAGAUGUAGAUCACAUGACACUGAAUAGAUAUUUUGUUCUUUUGGAGCUGGAAUUGUGUUAGGAAGUAUAUUUUUAGCAAUUGCUCGAUCAUCUGCAUUGCUGAUUAUAAGGAAGGUAAUUAUUUGAGCACAUGUUUAAUAACCUGUUCUGGCAAGCUCCAGGUGCAAUUUUCCUCUUUAAGUAACGUCAAACACAAAAAACAGCAAAGCCAGAAGAAAAGAGAAAUGUAUAGCUGCAUCCUUGACUGAGGUCAGUGGAGGGAAUUUUUUUUUUACCCCAAGCCAUAAGAGUCACAUAUUCUGUAGGACUCCAAGAUUUCCUUUGAGCUGCAAAGAUAGCUUCUUUGAUAAAUAAGUAAGACAGAGAACCUCAGCCCGCAAUAAUGAAUAUUCUUCUUUCAUAUUAGAUGUUUACUUUAAUAUUAAGCUCUGCAAAUGUAUCUUGAUUUUUAUUUAAUGAUGGCUGUGUGCAUAUUUUAGUUAUCACACCCACUAUGCACUCCAGAGGGAAGAUUUUAGGACAGCGCUAUAAUGAAAAAGAACCACAGUGCUACCACCUAUCUUGUGUCAAGUGCCUUAAUUUUAAUCAUUUUAUGUGGAACAUGGUGGAUUUCCAUAAAUCAACCUCAUCCAUAUAUUGUUAGAUACUAAACUCACAUUGAAUUGUUGGCCCAUGUUUUAACUAAACCUCAGAUUCUUCUCUUGGAGCAUUUGCUCUGCACUAUCUGCCAUCUUUAUCAUUUAGACUUUGGCCAAGUAACAUAAUUUUAAUUAUUUCUAGCUCUGCAACUGAUCAAGCCAGUCCAUUAUCAUAGAGCUAAUGCUUCAACCAGUACAGUUACAUAUAAAAUAUUUUAUGGCACCUGUAAAGUUGUCUGUGUUCUGGUCUCUUAAGCAAUAUUGCCAAAGCACGGAUUACCCAAGCGUUUGCUCUGUUGCUCCUUAUUGAACUUCAUUGCUAAAUUUGUCUAUGUGACAACAGUGACUGUAUUUCAAACUUUAAUCAUUAGCAGUGGAGCUGUUUGGGACAUUGUACUGCAUAUUUCAACUGUGUUUAAAAAUCUGCCAACCAGAACUAGUGCUGGUUACGGGGAGAUCACGGAGAGGGUAAAGGUUAUUAGCUUGGUAGGACCAGGGCAAGUUUGAUGAGAAAAGUAAGUGGCCCAACUUACUAGGUGUGUGAUCAGGCAGAAAGAUCAGAACUGGGGGAAGUCUACAAGAAAUAUUGCAGUUGGGUGAAGGGAUUGGUGGAAGCAGUGCUGUUUGAGGAGAGUAUAUAAGAAAGGCUAGGGGAGGGGUAGGAUGAAGUUUGCACCCUGCAUCAUUUGUGUGUGCCUAAGGAGACACGAGUGGGAUCUGGGGUGGAAGGGGGUGAGUGGGAAUGGUGAGGAGUUCAAUGUGUUGGGAAAAUAUCCAAAAUGAUGCAAAGUAACUGGGCAAACACGAGGAAAUCUGCAGACGCUGGAAAUCCAAACAACACACACACAAUGCUGGUGGAACACAGCAGGCCAGGCAGCAUCUAUAAGGAGAAGCAUUGUUGACGUUUCGGGCCGAGACCUUUCGUCCUGACCCAAAACGUUGACUGCUCCUUUCAAUGAAUGCUGCCUGACCUGCUGAGUUCAUCCAGCAUUUUUGUACCCCUCAAUUACCUGCCCCUCCUCCUAGAUUCUACCAUACCUACAGACUUGGGACGGUUUACAGCAAUCUGUUAACCUACCAACCUGCACAUUUUUGGGACAUGGGAGGAAACUGGAGCACCCAGGGGAAACCCAUGCAGUCGUUAUGAGAAUGUGCAGAUGAAGCGUUUCAACCCUAAGCAUCAACUGUCCAUUUCUUUCCAUGGGUACGACCCGACCUGCUGAGUUCAUCCAGUGUUUUGUGUGUCACAUUUGGUCAUUUAUCAAAUUUCUGGCAGACGGAUCUCCCAGUGGCCACCCAUUUUAAUUCCACUUCCCAUUCCCAUUCUGAUAUGUCAGUCCAUGGCCUCCUCUAUUGUCGUGAUGAGGCCACUCUCAGGUCGGAAGAGCAACAUCUUAUAUUCCAUCUGGGUAGCCUCCAACAUGAUGGCAUGAACAUUGAUUUCUCAAAUUUCCAGUAAUGUUCCCCCCCCCCUUCACCAUUUCCCAUCCCCUUUUACCUCUCUCAACUUACCUAAAUACCUGCUGAUCACCUCCCUCUGGUGCUCCUCCCUUUUGUUUCUUCCAUGGCCUUCUGCCCUCUUCUAUCAGGUUUCCCCAUUCUCCAGCCCCGUAUCUCUUUCACCAAUCAACCUCCCCACUCUUUACUUCACCCCUCCCUUCUGGUUUCCCCAUCACCUUGUGUUUCUUCCUCCCAUCCCUUCUAACUCUGGUUCCUUAUCUUUUUUUCUCCAUCCUGCCAAAGGGUCUUGGCCCAAAACGUCGACUGUAUUCAUUUCCAUGGAUGUUGCCUGGCCUGCUGAGUUCCUCCAGCAUUUUGUGUGUUUUUCCACAAGAAAUUAAUCACUGUGAUUCUGAAGUGUACUUUUCACCAUUCAACACUCUUAGCCUAAUCAGGUUGGAAUUGCACUGUUUCCAGAGCAGGACCCAGCCAAACUCUAGGAACUUGACUUAGGAGAGGUUUCUUUGCUUUCUCUUCUUAAUAUCACUCGAUAUGUUCACAACUUGACUCAACACUUGUCACACCCUCCCCUCCUUACACCACCCACCACUUCGCCCCAACCAGCUGCCAAUUGUGGACCCAGACCCUAAUGUGACAUCUAAGCCUACUUAACUUACUAAUCACAUCUCCUUCACAUUCCACCCACUCCACUGCUGCCUAUUUACUGAAACUUGAAUACUGCAAAGUUUCAUCAAACUGGCUUUAAGCUGUCAGAAGGCUUGAGUUACCAAAAACUCUUGACUCCUUCUGUCUCAUACAAGAUGUACUAGUGAAUUACAAAUUCAGAUGAUUGGGAUAUCACCCUUUGGAAUGUGGGACAGUUAGAAGAUACUGUGUGAAAUUAUUAACAGAAAUUGUAAAAUUAAAUUGAUACGAAUCUUACAGCAUUCGCUCAGUUUUCUUUGCAGUUUGUUCAAAUAGUGAUGGAACACAGAUGUCUUCAUCUUUACAUUUAUUCACAAUACUAUCUGAUAGAAGAUCAUCUGUCACUCACUCCCUCUAAGUUCCUUUCAGACUGCAUGUUUGAGUUUAAAUAUAUUUGUUCUUGGCACUAUAUGUGAAUAAAUUGCCAUAGUUGAUCAAAAUCACAUAUGUUUUGAGCAAUUGUUAGAGUUUAAUGUUUGUGGAAAUAGAAUUUGUUCCAUCAGCACCUACUCCCCUGCAAAAGAAACAACCAUUAAUACAACGUAAGAACAAAGAUGAUUAUCAACCUGGAAGAAAACUCUUGGAUAACAUCUAUAUAUUUUUUUAAAAUGCUGUAAAGCAUUUGUAUCAUUGAGAUGUUAUGGCAAUACACUUUAUAUAAGAAAUUAAAAUAAUCUGUAGUAAUCUGCAUAAAGUUAAUUGACUUAAUAUUACUCAAUAUUCUAAAAUAAUUGACAAUGUAUUAACACAAUUUCCAUUGGUCAUCCUGUUUUGACUUUAUAGAAUUCUUUGAUUUCAUGUACAUUUUGAGUAAGUUGACAAUCAGAUCCAACAGUUAGACAUUCAGUUUAUUAAUAGGUGAAAUAAAUAACCUUGAAAUUAAAAGCUUGAAGAAAUGAAUAUAAUUAAUUUAACUUGACUGAAUAGUUGUCUGGGAAAAUAAGGUGGAUUUUGCAGAGAGUGGCUUUUGGCGAUGAAGUUCUAUUUACUGGUGUCAAGUGUUAAUAUGAGUGGGGGUAAGGGUGCGGCUGCUAAAGUGCAAUGUGUAAAAUAUAAUUUGUAGAAUUUUAUAUUAGGAUAUUUGUGUCUGUUACAUGCUGUUUUAACAGAAUUAUUACUCCUAUCACAAUGUUGCCUUAAUGAAAUAAAGUAACUUUUAAAUAUAGACGGGAAGCAAUUCUGCAAAGAGAUUGAGAUGGGAUGGGAAUCUUCAGAUGUUUAAAGAAUAUCAAAAUUGACUAGUUAAGUGUAUCUUUUAAAAUAUUCCUCAUUCUUUUCAUACUCCUGUUUCAUGGGACCUGUUCUUUGUUUUUUUUUAAAGCUAUAUGUAUAGUCGGAGAGAUCUUGGACUGAAUCAGGUCAAAUGAUUGUGUUUCCAUUCCUUCCUAUGAUUGUAUAUGGUGCAUGUAAAUUAAUUAAGAAUCUUGGACUCCAACAUGGACCUGAGCUAAUGUAGAAAAAGAUAUGCUCUGUACUUGAUUGAUUGAAAUUAAUUAUGCUUGGUAAAUGUUCUGUUUUUAUAUCCAUUCAAGGGAUGUGGAGUUUGAAGGCUGAGCCAACAUUUAAUUGCCCAUCCCUAGUUUCCCUUGAGAAGGUGGCAGUGAGCUUCCUUCUUAAACUACUGCAGUUGUCGAGGUGUGGGUAUACCCCUCGAUACUGUUAGGUAGAAAGUUACCAGCAACAGUGAAGGAAUGGCGAUUAAUUUGCCUGUUAGAAUUACAAGGCAGAUUUGUAUUGAAUUAAUCUAAAAUUUCCAGUCUGUUGAUGGUAACAUUAAAAUAUGCACUAGAGAAAAUAGCUAUAAUGUUGCACAGCAUGAAGAUCUGGUUGAAAUAGCCUCUGUUUCUCCUGAAGCCAGCUUGCUCUUUCCUCAAGCACACAUCAACAGCAUCUGUAAUCUGCUGGACAAUGACUUCGGCGAGAAUCUUGCUGGGCACUGACAAAAGUGUGAUGCCACACCAGUUGUUGCAAUCACUUAGUGCUCCUUUCUUGAGGAUCCUAACAAUGACCCACUUUGUCCAGUUCUUGGGUACUUGUCUCCAUUUCCUGAUGUGGUUGCAGGAUGGCUGUUGCAACUUUUGGUUCAGCUUUGAACAAUUUGUCAUGUCCUGGAGCUUUGCUGUUCUUUAAUGAUUUAAAUACAGCAACAAUCUCUUCUUUCUUGGGUGGAUCUGUGUUAACAUUGAGGCCCUCUGUCGCCUCUUGUAUGUCAGUUUUUUCAUCUGGUGAUGGUCUAUUCAGUAAUUCUCUGAAAUACUCCGUCCAUCAUGCUUCUUGCUCUUUCUUAGUUGUCAAAAGCAGACCGUUCUUGGUCUCAUACGGGACCACUAGAUCUGGCCUGGAACUUUCCAUGUACCAGUUUUGAAAUCUUGUAUAUAUCUCUCUGGUCACCUCGAUUGGUUGCUUCUUUGGCCUGCAGUGCAAGUUCUUCCAUGCAGACUCUCUUAUCCUUUCUUACAAAUCUCUUCAUUUUUUUGUUAGCUAAUUGAAUAAGACCUUGAGUCUUAUUGACUUUGCAUCUAGCACUUUCUUAAUUUUCCAUCUUUCUUGUAAGGCUGCCCAUGUUUCCUGCUGCAUCUAUUCUUUGUUUUUCUUUCCAGCUCUGUAUCCUAGACAGGCCUUGCUGCUGCUCUCCUUGAAGACUGAAGCAAUCCAUUUCCACAUUGUGUCAAUCCUGUCUACUGACAAAUCCUCAUCAAGGUCUUGCAAGGCCUGGAAUCUGUUCCUAAGCUGAAUGGUGAAGGCAGAUCUCACUCUUGCGGCCUUGAGUGUCUUAACUUCAAGAUGUCUUUGUGCAUGUGUUCUGGUCCCAGUGCAUCUCAGCUUGACUUUCAUCACUGCUACAACAAGGUGGAGAUCACUUCCUGUUUCUGCUCCUCUCUUCAUCUUUAGAUCCUGCAAGGAUCAUCUCCACAUACUAUUGGUCAUUAAAUGGCCAGUCUGGUUCUUGUCACAUCCAUUGGGUGAGCACCAUGUCAGUUUGUGGAUUUCAUGGUGUGGAAAGAGUCUCCCUCCUAUAACCGGAUAAAUACCAGCAGGCGUAAUGGGCAGUAAGUAAGUAAGUGAAAAUGUUUAGACAUAAUCAUUUUGUGUAGAAAAUGAAAGCAACAACAUACAUACCCAUUCAUUGCCAUCAGUGACAAUCUAAGGAGUUUGUGUUUGAGGUCAGUGUAAUGCAUGCUUUUAAAAAUUGGGAGUGGGAUUAACAAAUAUCACAAACAAAUGAUUAUACAUGGGAGAGAAGCCGAAGUAAGAUUUGACAUCUUACUCAUUCACAAAAAUAGAAUUUGAAGAUUAUUGCCUACACUCAAUAAUUUUUUUUACUUCAAAACCACUCAAUCCAUAUUUUUAUAGAGUGGUUGGAAUCUGUAGUAUGCUACCUGAAGGAGCGGUGGAGACAGAUAUUCUCACAACAGUAUGACAUAUUUGGACAAGCACUUGAAUCGCCAAGAUAUUGAAGUCUCUGAACUUAAUAGGAUUAAUAUAGAUAGGCGUAAUAGCUGGUGUGGAUAUUUAGGGCCGAAUGGCCUGUUUCUAUGCUAUACAGCUCUGCGUUGGCGCGUGGCCUAAUGGGCAAGGCAUCAGACUAGUGACCUGAAGGUCACUGGUUCGAGCCUCAGCUGAGGCAGCGUGUUUGUGUCCUUGAGCAAGGAACUUAACAACACAUUGCUCUGCGACGUCACCGGUGCCAAGCUGCAUGGGUCCUAGUGCCCUUCCCUUGGACUACAUCGAUGGCGUGGAGAGGGGAAGGCCUGCAGCUUGGGCAACUGCCGGUCUCCCAUACAACCCUGCCCAGGCCUGCGCCCUGGAAACUCGACCGAUGGAUGCCACCACAGCUCUGUGAUUCUAUAUUUCAAAUUAUUUGCAUAUUUCCUUAAUUGUUUUACUUUGCUGAAAAUUAAUUUUAAUUUGUUAGGAAUCUUGAUAAAAAUGUGAAUUUCUGUUCUAGUGGGUUGGUAGUUCAAAUUAGUGUUCAUCAAUCAAUCAGCAUUGAGAUUGGAGUUAUUCUUGGUAGCCCUACUAAUCAAUUUCUUAAUAAGCUACCAACUAAUGAAAGAUACAUCAGGAAACAUUAUGCAAAUCAUAUGGGUAGGUUCCAAUUAGUGUGAGAAGUUGCUUGUUAAACCAUGACUUCUGGGAAACAAAAACACCAGUCUGAAAGCUUUUACACAUAUCCAGUAUGAGUACAAUUUGUGUUACUUUUAUAAGGAAAAGAAAUGGACAGACAAAAAAAAAGCAGCGGCACACUCUAACCACUGCAGGCCUCAUCAAAUCAUAUGCGAGUGUCAGGGAGAUGUGUGGUCAUCAUGUCCUGCUGAGAACUGAAAAUUGUGUACAAUCUCUACACUCCAUGAGGAGAGAGGUUGGCCCUAUCCAACAUAAGAAUAUUAAAGGGCUGUUCUAUGUAAUAGAUGGGAUAAGAAGAUGGAUUUACCAAUAACCUACCUCACACAUAAUGUGAAGGAAUUGGAUAUCUGCAUAUGUCAGCACUGCCCAUUGUAUACUGUUUGUAAAUACACUGACAAACCAUUAUUAACUACUUCAACUUGCAUAGGAGCAUUUAGGUACGCACCAAAAGAGUAUGUGUGCUUUCUCUUAGAUAGGAUUAUUGACACUUCAGCUGCCAUGCUAAGGAAUGUUUUGGCAGCUAACGAGGCCUGCACAAAUCGUGCAAGAUGAAUGUUUAAAAUUCAGCUCCUGAAACUCAUCCAACCUUGGAACAACAUGAUUCAAUAUUGCCACUGACAAAUAACUGUUCCUUGUGGGUGAUUUUUGUUAAUAUAUCUCUGUCUGAGCAUAACCAUUGAAUCCAUGGAUCUUAUGUUCUAUCUAUGGUUCAGAGAACCUAUUGAACUCAUCUAUUACUACAGGUGUUAACUUCAGCUACCUCUGGAUAUUUCCAAACAACACAAUAAUAGAUUUUCUUAAUGUCAUCUACCCCUCAUGGAUUGAUUGUCAUUCUUUGUCUUGGCUCACUUUAGUUACUGACAGUUGUCAAGUAUUUUUGCAGUGGAGCAAACCGCACGACUGACAUUUGAGAGCCUCAUUUACACCAUUCUCUAAAUCCCAGUUGUUUUUGGCUUUUUAUGUUUCCUGUUAUUCUGUCAGUUGUUAAGGAUGUCAUACUCCAUUAUGAGUUUGCAUUUUUAAGGAUAAGGAAAAGUAUAAUACUUAAAGUGUAUGAUUCAGUGGAAUGUAAAAAGAAUCAGUAGGCUAUAGCAUCUUCAACUUGGCCCUAAAUUCACUAAAGUUCAAGUUGGAGGUUGAAAACAAUCAGUAGGGUAUGAUGUUGAAGAUUCCCUGCCUCCUAAAAUUAUAUUGACUAUAUUCAUUUAAGGUAACCCAAGUUUACAGGAUUUCAUAAAAUGUGAUUCCAGUACUUGAUAACUUAAACAUUUGGAAAGGAUGUGUGGUGUUUGAAUCAAAUUCAAAAUCUCCAGUUCUCUCUAGCCUCUAAGAUGUUAAACAGUACCUCAGCAUUAACUGAUUGAGUUUAAAUCCCUUGGGGUCAUUUAUAUUGAAGGAGAGGCCACAACGUCAAAAAUGGAAGAAUAGUCAGGGACAAUCCUCAACCCUGAUGGUUUAUUGGAUAAAUAAUUCUAUUGUACUGAGCCAAAUAGACCAGGUAUAAUCCUCGGUUUCUGUUGAAGUAGCUGCUCUUAUCAGGAUUAAUUGUGACAUCACUUCAAUUGACCGCUUAGAGGGACAAGAAAUGAGUCAGAUUUCUAGUGUGUGUGUGUGUGUGUGUGUGUGAGAGAGAGAGAGAGAGAGAGAGAGAGAGAUUUGUGUGUGCUAAGUAUAGUCUGACAUGAUUCCCAUUGUUGAAUAGUCUACUGACACUGCAGACAUGUACCAAACUCCAUUACAAGUUAGCACUUUUAGGAAGGGGAGGGGAAGGUGGUAAUAGUUUAAGAAAAAUAUUAGACAGAAUGUUCUGAAUACUAAGAAUUGAUGAGCUAUACACCCUAUUGAUUUCAAAGAGUGAGUUUGACUUUAGCUUAAAUUUAUAACUGCAAAUGUUGGAGAUUUUUAAGUUCAAAUGUAAUCCUUUUCUGCAAAUACAACUAAAUUAAAAAUAUUAUUUACAGUUUUCAAUGUUAGAAACCUCUUGUUUUUCUAUAUUAUUGUUUAGAAAAACAAUCAAAAUAGUAGAUGCUGGAGAUCUGACGUAAAAACAGAAAAUGCUGGAAAAAGAUCAGUUGAAAAUCUGUGGAGAGAGAAUGUUCAAAAGCAAUGACUUUGUUUUCUUGCAUGUUUUCUUCUGCAUUGUCACUUCAACUUGCAAAUGUUAUAGUUGUUUUGUACAGUGUGUGAAGAAGGUUCCCAGCACUCUGCAAUUGAUACUGUUUUUACUUAUAUCCAUAAAAAUAAUCUAGUUUUCAAUUGAUUGGUUUCACACUUGAGUCCUUUCUGAUUUGAGCCAAAUUGGUUUUGUUCAUUUUAAAUUGUUUUGACAAAAGUGUCUUUGUAUUUCCUUCAUGUUUUGUUUCACUUUAUUGUAAUUCUUUAUAAAGAAUUAUUGUACAGAGAAUGUAAUUUGAAACUCUAGUAAAGAUAUAUGAAAAAUA